AAAGCAUUAAAAAUAUCAUUAACUGCAAACAAAAUAAAAAUUAAAUGUCUAAACAAAUUUGAAACUUGCUUAGUUGGUCCACCUCUUCCUGCAUAUGAAGCACACACAGUUUAAAUAGCGCGUAGGGAGUGGCCUAUUGCUCUCACUCUCAGAGAAAAAAGAAAAAGGGCCCUACGAAUACACAUUUCUUACCAAACCAAAUUACAGAGAGUAAGAGAGAGAGAUUUUUCUCUUUCUCUCUUUCUCUUCUUUUUCCCCUCGUUUCGUUUCUUUGUUAAUAUCUCCCCGUCAACCAUGGACUCUCCGAGGUACCACCAAGAGCACCACCACCACCGCGGCGGCGUGAGUCUUGUUCCUUCGCCACGCCACAGUUUGAGUUCUUCAAACAGCAGCAGCACCAGCAGCACUAGCAGCAACAACAAUGGACUCCACCACACCCAAUUGCUGUCACCUCUGACUCCGACCGCGGCGGCUGCUCAAUCUCCGACAUCAUCGUACCCUCCGAAGCCCGUGACCAGAUCCGAAUCCGCCAACCCGUACCCGACAACCUUUGUCCAAGCCGACACCACCUCCUUCAAGCAAGUCGUCCAAAUGCUAACCGGAUCCACCCAAACCGCAAAACAAGCCUCAGCCUCGGCCUCUGAACCUGCAAAACCCCACACUCACAUCCCACCCAUCAAAAAACAAACGGGUUUCAAGCUCUUCGAACGAAGAAACUCGCUCAGCAAGAAUCUCAGCAUCAACCCUCUCAACAACGUCGUCGUUUCGUCUUUCUCGCCGAGGAAACACCACGAGGUUCUCUCUCCCAGCAUCCUCGACUUCCCCGCGCUCGUUCUCAGCCCCGUCACGCCCCUCAUACCCGACCCCUUCAACCGUUCCCGUUCCCUCAACGAAAACGGCGCCGGUAUGGUUAUGGACACAGCCGAAGCUACUGAAGAGAAAGCCAUCAAGGAGAAAGGGUUCUUCUUGCACCCUUCUCCCGCGUCCACUCCUCGCGACGAAAAGCCUCGUCUUUUGCCCCUCUUCCCCACCACCACCGCCGCCGCCGCGUCCCCAGGUCGCUGCGUAUUUCAGAGGAUUUUAAUUUACUCCACUUCGUUUUGCACACUGUCAAACCCUUCAAUUAAUGCCGAAUUUGAAUUAUGUGAUCGAAUUCAGUUGCUUCCGCUUGAGGGCAAUGAUGAUAAUGAAACGUUAUACCUAAGUGCAGUCCUUGCAGAGUGGUAGGGAUGAGAAUUAUGAAACUUGGGUUUGUGAGAGAGAGAGAGAGAGAGACUUACUACUACAUGGGAUGGCAAAAGAAAAGCAGUGUUGGGUUGGGCGAGCUGUCAAAGAAAGAGUAGAAGAAUGGGUAAGGAAUCUUGACCCUUUUUGUUGUCUUUCCGAGUGAGGGGAAGGUGCCAACAAGAGAUGCAGGCAUUCAGUUCAGGGCAUUCUAGGUGUGUGUGUGGAAGUGCUUUGUGCCUCUCUUCCCCAAGCACAACAGGGCGCAGGCUAACACCCCCAAGGACAAGGUAGAUCCACACAUCAUGUGUUUCCCUUGUCAAAACGUUGAAAACAAAUUCACCCUUGUGUAAUAAUUAAGGUUGUCUUGCUUAUUUUUAGGACUAAAUUUGAUAUAAUGUUUCUUAUUGUUAUUUAAUUAAAAUGGGUACCCUUGUGGAUCAAUCUGACAAGGUUAUUUCAGUUUUAUUAGUAGUUUUGAGUUCAAGUUUUAGGUAUGUAGUCAUGUUAAUUAAGAGUUUUAUCAUUCAUAAUAGUUGUAUCCGCUUGAACAAAAUUGUCUUCGGUAGAGAGGAUAUAUAUGGUCUCUUAAAAAA